GUAAUGCUUCUAGCGUUACCGUUGUUAUUUUGCGAACGCACCGAACAUUCUGUUUUCCACUUCAAUUAUGACCCGGAAACGGGUUUCCUUGUUGGUUAUAACACGGUCGAGUGUUUCGUAGCAAAGUUAACGGACAACGAACGAAGAGAUGUUCACACGGACGCUGGACUUUAUGCCUUAGAGCUUCAAAUGAUCAAGAACUGGAUUGGAAAAUUUCCAGAAAUAUCCAUCUACCAUGAUGACCAUUUGCUGAGUUCCUCCAUAAGACAACACAUUUGUUACAAUAAAAUAAUAACGUUAAUUGACAGAAGUAACACACCAAGCAUGACGGGGACAACCACGAUUUUGGCUCCGACGCAUCCAACUCCUCACGUUUCCUCUUCUGCAACAUUGGCCCAAUUUGUCCAUACGACCAAACUACCGCAACCGAUGUCGUCUCAUAUUGUGGAAUCAACUGUUGUGGCUUCCACAUCAUUUCCACAAGUUCUUACAAUGUUAACAAACGCAACGUCAACCACUCUUGAUAUGUCUCAGAAAACCACAGUGUUGCUACCCACACAAGUACCUAUAACAUCCAAUUAUUCCGGCUCUCCGACAUUUACGUAUACAACAGCUUAUAUGUCUACAAGCGCAUCAGGUAUGGUAUCGACCAGAUCACCAACAAAUUCGACGCUAUUCAUCCUAUUUACACAAUCGGGAAGGAACACUUCAAUAUUAGACUCAAAAACAACAGUGCAAGAAAUAACAGCUACAAGUCCUCAUACGACAUAUUUAGGAAACAAAUAUUCGUCUGAAAAUACCAUUUCCGCUUCAAAAGUACAAGCACCUUUAACAACACAAUCAGCUACCCAAAGUUCACAACCGUAUGUAAUUUACGAUGGUCCAUAUAAACUAACUGAAGCUAUAGUUGUUGAACCCGGAAAGUCCUGUUUUGUUCACAAUUUGACAGAGGAAGAAAGGCAAAUGAUAACAUCGGGAUGUAAACAGAACUUUGAGAAUGCUCUCCUGAAUUCAAAACUAGACCCACACAGUGGUUGGAACGUCACUGGCCAAAUCGGCCACAUGUCCACAGAGGUCCAAACGUUUUGUACCGGGCCCGUUUAUGUUCUCUGGUAGUUUGU